GUUCAUUGCGCAUUUAUUCGUCGCGGCGUUCAAAUUCUUUUGGAGUAUUUUCUGGCAAAUAUUCCUUAUUUUUUUAGGUAUUUCGUCUCCUGUUCUUCCCUUCUUACAAAGCAAAAUUCAAUUUUUUUUAGGGCUUCGUCGGUCCUUUACCAGAUCUAGGGAUCUCCUCCUCUCUCCUCUCCAGCUCCAACUUAUCUCCUCUCCCCUCCGUCUUCGAUGUCUUCUUCUUCGGUGGCGACGGUGACUUCGACGUCGUAUUGGUGCUACAGCUGCAGCCGCUUUGUUAGGGUUUGGCCGGGCGACGUCAUACUCUGCCCCGACUGCAGCGGCGGCUUCCUCGAGGAGGUUCGUAACCCUCCUGUCGCUACCGGCGCCGUUCGCCGCCGGACGACAUCCUCCGGUGAGCAGACGCUUCCCACCGCUCGCCGUGUUGAUGCCGGGCCCCGUCGCACCCGCCGUGCAUCGAUUAAUAACCGCUCCUCUUUCAACCCUGUGAUUGUCUUCCGGGGUUCCUCGUCUGAGAUUACACGGUCCAGCGAGGGUAGCAGCUUUGAGCUCUAUUACGACGAUGGUGCCGGUUCAGGACUCCGCCCCUUGCCUCAAAGCAUGUCGGAUUUCCUCAUGGGCUCUGGAUUCGAUCGGCUCCUUGAACAACUAUCUCAGAUCGAGAGCGGCGUUGUGGGCGGCGUGAGGAGCCACGAGAACACUCCGGCCUCCAAGGCAGCUAUUGAAUCGUUACCCUCUAUUGCGAUCACUACUAGCCAUAUCGCAAUGGAUUCUUACUGCGCUGUUUGCAAAGAGGCGUUUGAGAUAGGUGCCGAAGCUCAGGAGAUGCCCUGCAAACAUAUCUUUCAUCAAGAUUGCAUUUUGCCAUGGCUCUCCUUGAGAAAUUCAUGCCCUGUUUGCCGCCAUGAGCUGCCCACUGAUGCAGGAAGAAGAGUUGGAGAUGUUGCCGGGCAGCCUUUAAUGGGCACGGAUGAAAACUCUGUUGGGCUUACCAUUUGGAGACUUCCUGGUGGUGGGUUUGCAGUGGGGAGAUUUUCUGGCGGACGGCGAGCCGGUGAGAGGGAGCUUCCUAUGGUUUAUACAGAGAUGGAUGGUAGUUUCAGUUCUGGUGCAGCCCCUGGAAGGAUGUCAUGGUCUUCCAGAGGGAAUCAUUCAAGGCAAAGCAGAGGAAUUGGCAGAAUGAUUCGGAAUUUCUUCUCGGUUUUUGGGUGCUUUGGCUCUUCUACUUCUUCGUCUGUGUCUUCAAGGUUGAGAUUAUCUUCUGCAUCACAAACUUCUCGAAGGAGCUCGAGAGAUACAUCAAUUAGUCGUGCGCGGAUGCUCAGUGGCUGGUCGUAUGAAGAUGGGAUUAGAAGUGAGAUGUCUAGGUGGUGAAGAACGAAGGCAACCUAAUAUAAAGAACUGGUUUUUGGUAGCCAUUCCUUGCUCAAGGAAUUUUAAGAUUUGAAGCAUGUCUGUUAUCCUAUUGUUCUCAUCAGAUUGUCAAGUGAAAAGCUGCACUCCCCUGACUUCAAUUUGGCUGUGAUCAAGGAAGAAAUUCAUUAAAUUUUUGUGUGGGGACAGGUAUAGUUUAAUUCAUCUUUGAGACAAAGAAGGUGCACGAAUUCGUGUGCCAUAAUUAUUUCAUACUUAUCUCCUUUGUUUGAUUGCUUUCUAUGGUUCUUUCCAUUUUGAAUUUUACUUCUUGUAUUGUGGUUUGUUUAUAUGUGAUACUGUUCUUUGCUAGAAGCUUUAGUAUUACCAAUCCUUCUCUAUGUUACAUGACCUGCUGCGAUGUGUUAUCUCUGGAUCACUCUUUUUAUGAAACUCUUAAGCUUCACUUUAUUUA